CAGUCACUCAUUCUCCUCCCCUCUGUUCUCCAUCCUCUUUCUCCCUACACAGAACCCCGCUCCGAUCUCCCUCCACACCUGCCUUCUGCUUCUCCAUCCCAACCUCCUUGAACUUAGGAAAUUAGCUUUCAGCUUUCACCAUCCACUCUGUGGCUGUGAAAGACCCCCACGGGACUGCUGCCCCUCCCACCACCCGGCGCUAGGUGUUGGGCGAAGGCUGGAAGUGAGAGGAGAAGAGACAAGGCUCCGCUGCCCUGAUCUAGCUGUGGCCACUGGAAGGUUCUCAGGUAAGAGCAUCAUGUCCACCUUUGAAGACGCCGAUACGGAAGAGACCGUCACGUGUCUCCAGAUGACGGUUUAUCAUCCGGGCCAGCUGCAAAGUGGAAUAUUUAAGUCAAUCAGGUUUUGCAACAAAGAGAAAUUUCCUUCCAUCGAGGUGGUGAGAUUUGGACGGAAUUCCAACAUCUGUCGGUACACUUUUCAGGACAAGCAGGUUUCCCGGGUUCAGUUUGUUUUGCAGCCGUUUAAGCAGUUCAACAGCUCAGUCCUCUCGUUUGAAAUUAAAAACAUGAGUAAGAAGACCAGCUUGAUGGUGGACAACCAGGAGCUCGGCUACCUCAAUAAGGUGGACCUGCCUUACAGGUGCAUGCUCAGGUUCGGCGAGUAUCAGUUCCUGCUGGAGAAGGAGGAUGGAGAGUCAGUGGAAUCCUUUGAGACUCAAUUCAUCUUGUCCCCGAGACCGCUCCUGCAAGAAAACAGCUGGCCAGCGCAGAGUCCCGUCCUCGAGGAUGGGGGGUAUUCCUCCUACUUCACCCAUCGAACGUCGCCUACAGAAAUGGAUGAAAACGAAUCGUGAACAGUGUGCAAGGAGAGGAACACGAAGGAUGAGGACACCUGGGUAGGCACUUGGGAGCCGUUCUGCUUCUUUGGAGUUUGGGAGUGUAGCGUGCUGACUUUGGGUUUGGUAAUAGCAUCUGUAGACUGCGUUAGUCAUCAGCUUAGUCAGCUGAGUUCAUUCUGGACCUACAAAGAAUUAAGUGCACACCUGUGAGGGUCGGUGUAGGAAGCCCAUCUUCUGUGUAACGGGGUUCCCUUUUUUCUGCUUGAUGUCACUCCUGUACUUAAGUUUUGGUAGCAGCCGUCUCUUGGCUUGGUCGGAUCAUUUCCCAGCAGCCAUCGUUUUUCAAGUUCAGAGCUCGGGCGGGUUGCUCGCUGGUGUCUGUGGCACGCUAGUACUUGUAGAACCAGAGUCCUGGGAUGAGUUCCAGACUACUAUUUGAGUCACUGUGGUUUCAUUACGGAAAGACUUGAGAAACAGCACCUUGAUUUUCUUUUGUGGAAUUAUAAUGGUCAUUCCAGCCGUAGCAGUUUCGCUUUUCCAUAUGUAGGUCCUACAAUUAACACUUAAAAACAUUGAAAUUAAAAUUAGUCUCUUACAAAACUGAAAAUGAAUUUUAUGUAUAUUACACAUUUAAAUGCAGAAAUCAAAACUUUCAACAGCUUCUUUGCAUCUGAUACUGUCAGAGCUCAGGGCCCUAGAGCUGCUUCUUUGAAACUUCUCAAAGAAGGAAAACUUUUGUUCUUGGGCUGCUGCAUAGAAGUGCAUAUAUGUGAAUAUUUAUAAUAAAUGCUUAAGUAUUUCUAAA